CCCCCCUCCGCCGCUGGCGAGGUUAGUGAUGAGGCGGCCGCGGGGAGCGGUCGGCGGGGAGCAGCCGGUGGAGUUUGUUUGCUGCCUGUCCCCGUCUUCCUGAUGCUCUGAGCCGGAGCCUCCUCCUCUCGCCGGGCUCGCACCCGAGCUGGAUGCUCCGCUCGCGCCCGGCUUUGCUGCCACAGCCGCCAGACGCUUCCCGCCGCCCCGCAAGGCAUGGAGCCGUCCGUGUCCCCCCUGGACACCACUCCGGAUCCCGCCAUCGUGCAGCCCCCCGGGGCUAGCCCGCCGAUGCCUCCUCGGGAGCAGCCUCCCCAAGAGCAGCUGCGGAUCGGGGAGAGCGGGCAGUUCAGCGAGGGGCUGGAGGACAGAGGUUUACUAGAAAGCAGUACAAGGCUAAAACCUCAUGAAGCUCAAAGCUACAGAAAGAAGGCAUUGUGGGUUUCCUGGGUCUCCAUUAUUGUCACACUGGCUCUUGCAGUGGCUGCUUUCACUGUCUCCGUAAUGAGAUACAGUGCAUCAUCAUUUGGAUUUGCUUUUGAUGCUACCCUGGAUGUUUUAUCAUCGGCGAUAGUUUUGUGGCGUUACAGCAACGCAGCUGCUGUGCAUUCUGCACACAGGGAGUACAUAGCUUGUGUUAUCCUGGGUGUUAUAUUCCUCCUGUCAUCUAUAUGUAUCGUGAUCAAAGCCAUCCAUGAUCUUGCGAAGAAAGUGCUUCCAGAAGUGGAUGAUUUUCUCUAUAGUGUCUCCGUUCUAAGUGGAAUCCUUUGCACUGCCUUGGCAGUUAUCAAAUUUAUGCUGGGAAAGGUCCUUACCAGCAGAGCGCUGAUAACUGAUGGUUUCAACUCUCUUGUAGGUGGAAUAAUGGGAUUUUCCAUCCUUCUAAGUGCAGAAGUUUUUAAACACAAUUCUUCUGUCUGGUAUCUGGAUGGCAGUAUAGGAGUCUUAAUUGGACUUACAAUAUCUGCCUAUGGAAUCAAGUUGCUCAUCGACAUGGUCCCUCGUGUAAGGCAAACACGCCACUACGAAAUGUUUGAGUGAAGCCCUCCCCCUCUCCUCGGUCAGGACUGUAAAACUACAGCAUCGUAUGUUUUGGCAAGUGGUGCCAAUGGUAUUUUACUAAAUAUGCAGUUUGUUUCCCGUGGUCUGUUUUUGUUGAAGUUUGUUUCGAUGGGAAAUCUCUCUGUAAAGCUGGCAUAUGUGCACGCUGCCUGCAGUUCUGCCAAACAGCAGCAUCGCCUUUCUCUUUCUUCUCAAGUAUGCUAUUGAUUCCUGUGACAAUAGAGAACAUGCAGUUUGCAGUCCUUACCCAGCUGCCAUGGUGUAUAUUCCAGAGUGAAAGUGUUCUUAAUGGUGUGAUAAGCCUGUGGGUAAAGAAGUGCCAGUUUCAGAUCUCGGGUUGGUUUUUUUGUUGUUGUUUCUUUCUUUUCCCCUGGCCUGUACUUUCCCAAACACAAGCUGUAACAGAGACAGACUCCUUGCUAACCUCUUCGGCUAAUAGAGUACCCUGUGUAGAGUCCAGACACCAAGAGCUAUGUUCCUCAAAAUAUUUGGGUAGCUACUUCCUCCCCUCCGUUCAAACAGACACGCAGAAAGAGCAGGUACAAACCUUUCUAUCAUCAAAGAGACAGAGACUUGAUUUUGAUCCUAAAUUAACUGAAUCUAUACCUCCUCAAUUUAAAGUCUGUUUUUUCUUAAUGAGACACCAUUCAUAGCUUUGCAUGGACCAGACAAGCACACACAGUAUUACUGUACAGACCAAAGCCAAAAAGUCAUGCAAGGAAGAGGAGCUGCUUGAGGAAUGGGAUUCUUAACUUCUGUUGUACUGUAUGCAGAUGUACCAGCGUGUGUGACUGUGGUUGCUCUGUAGUCUGAUGAUGGCACUGAAGUGGCUCAAUCUGGUGGUGAGAUCCAGAUCUAUUUAUUAGAUUGUCCUGUGAAGUGUCGCUCACUUUCCAUCACACAUCUUAUAUAUUACUUAAUAGCAGGUUAAAUUAUCAAAGGAUCGUGCUGUAUAAUCAAUAAACCUGGUAUCUAUUUUAUACAGUAUCUGUAAUAUUUGAAAACGAUUUCCAGAGUCUUCCUGUAUAGCAGCCUAUUAAACUCAGUUCUCUGGCUACA